GUCUAUUAAUGUUGCUUCAAGACUUCCUGGUAUUACAAAGACAUACAGAUAUCCAGGGUAACUUUGUGGCUUUAAUCCUUCAAGAAUUGAUCUGUCAAAGAUCACGUGAUAAUAUCAUACAUUGUGCCCUCAAUAGUUUAAUGUCAUCGCCCAAUACUACAUUUGCCCCCCCCCCCCCUCCUCCUUGAAAUUCCUGGAGCCAGACUGACAAUAUGUAAAGAUUUCAAGCUUUGAAAAAAUGCCCUUUAAAGAUAACUUUGUCUUUAUUUUCUUUUUCUAUCAAAAGUUUAUAUCAUACUGCAGAGACAAAACUCCACUUCCAACUAACAAAAUGUGAAGUCUUUGCUCAAUUGUUGUUAUGAUACCCCAAGGAAAACCCAACUGAGAUGUAAAUUGUAUACAUCAUCAAAAAAAGCAUAACAAACAAUAAAUAAGAGAAAGGUAGAAAGAGAGAAUACAAAUGCACGAAAAAAGAAUAAACAAAAGUUUAAUGAAAUAAGAUAUUGGUUUAUAUUGUGGGUGCAGAAUCUAUAGGCCUAUCCUCCUGAGGGGUAGGGUCUGUUUGUAAACAUUCCGUUCUUGAAGUAAGGGUUAAUGAAAGCUCAUAACACCCAGUAUUUUUUCCCAGUGACUUCCUGUUGAAAUGCAAGGUUAUUAAUAGCCUUGGAAAGCAAGGGUGGGUAGUAUCAGAUAUCUUGUAAUAAUAUUACAUGUAUUUGUAAGGAAUGAAUAUCAGAUCCCAAUGAAGAUUAGUUGUCAAUAUUUUUACAAGUUGUAUCUCUCUUCACAUGAUACUUGGACCCCUGUUACAUCUGAAAGUUUCCUACCCGAGACCCGACCGAGUCCACUUGCAACCUUGAUUGGAAUAUUGGUGGAUUAGCUUCGCGAACGGACCGAGUCCGAAAUGUAGUCUGUUUUACAUCACAGCGUUCAUUUCCUCCCCUAUCGAUACGGUUUCGAGCGGUAUCCAAUUGUUGACACCAAAGGGCGCUCUCGAUCUAGGCUCUGAAUAAUUUGCGCGCGCUAAUUGAAGUUGUUUACAUUUCGUUACACUCGUCGGCUGCUACACAGAAAUGACAGGGUGGGACAUGUGCCGAUCAUUUCCAGAGAGAGUCGAAACGACUCUUUACCUUUACCUUUACCUUUACCCGAGAUUCUGGAAGAAUGCUGAUGAUCCCAGCAGUUGUUAAAGAUAUGAUCGAUUUGAAAAGGAUACGUUAAAAAUGCUUCCUUCUUUCCACUCAAAUCAAAGACUUUAUCAAUCGCAAUUCACAUGUCGCAUGCUGCAAAACAUUCAAAGAACGACGGGGCUGGGGAGGGGAUAGCGCGCACUAUGACGUAAUUUGACUGCUGGCGAACGGACCGAGAUAGGUUCAAAAGCUUGUGUGCAUUUACAUCUACGAAUCGGUGGACCAGGGCCGGCCCGAUACCUACCCGAGACUACCUCUGGAUGUGGUCUCAGGUAGGUUCGCUAAAAGGUGGCCCGGGGUAGGUUUGGGAUGUUUUCAUCUGAUUUCUUUCCGACCCGAGGUAGGCCCCGGGCCAGCCCGAGGUAGGGAAUCUCUCAGAUGUAACAGGGGUCUUGGAGAGAGACUUUUUUAAAGCUCAAGUUUCAUUGCUAUUAAAGUUGAAGUAAUGAUCUUGGGAACAAAUGAUUUGCUGAAGUUUGCUCUGGUUUCCAGCCAGCUCUUGUUGUAUACAUGUAGUUUUUCAUCAUAAAUAUGGCUGGUAGAAUGUAAAGCUGGUCACAAAAGUUUUGGACCAUAUGCCCCUUUCUUCAUAGCCUUUAUUAAGGUCUUUGGCUGUUUAAUUAGAUUAGUUUAAUUAGCUUAAACAGAAUAUGAUAAAUGAUAAAAAUCCAAUCACCCUGUAUUUACCCCUAAACAUAGUCAUAGACAACCUUCUAGUAUUACCAUAAUGUACUAGUACAUGUAGGCCCGGUGUUCAGUGAGCUUGAGGCUUCCAUCUAUGAUUACCUCUGAGCCAUCCUCAAUAUCCGCAAUGUUUGCCUGAUAAUGUGGCCAAUCUCUUAAGUUUGCCAAAAAGAGAUGACACCAAUAUUUUCUUUUCCCCUUAUACAGGAGGACAACCUUCUAGACAAGACAUCUUACUUCUUAGGCCUGGCCAAUAAGUAUGGCUUCAGUGAGCUUAAGGCCUCCAUCUCAGAUUACCUCCUUGCCAUCCUCAGUAUCCACAUUGUAUACCUGAUCUGUGAUGUGGCAAUUCUCAGUACCCUCUGGUCCCCCCAAAGAGAAAAUUGACCAUUGUCUUUUUCCUCUACACAGGAGGACAACCUUCUAGAUAUCUUAGGCCUGGCCCACCAAUAUGGCUUCAGUGAGCUUGAAGCUUCCAUCUCAGAUUACCUCCGUGCCAUCCUCAGUAUCCACAAUGUGUGCCUGAUCUAUGAUGUGGCCAGUCUCUACACCCUUGGUUCUCUGAAGGAGACAUGCUAUCAGUUCAUGGAUCGCUAUGCCACAGAGGUCAUGAACAGUGAGACCUUCCUCACUCUGUCUAAGGGUGCCCUGAAGGAGGUGAUCUCAAGGAAUUCCUUCUAUGCUAGUGAGAUUGAUAUCUUCAGAGCUGUUCAGAACUGGGUCCAAGCCAACAAAGAUGUAUCUCACAAGGAGAUUGUGGGGGCCAUCAGACUACCUCUUAUGAGUAGACAGGAUCUGCUCUACACAGUGCGACCAUCCAACCUGCUGUGUGCUGACUCUAUCCUUGAUGCUUUCAAGAUCAAAGAAGAAUGUAGGAAUGCAGACCUCAACUACAGAGGAGUGCUCAUUCCAGAGGAAAAUGUAGGAACAGCGAAGCAUGGUGCGUCGGUGGUCAAAGGAGAGAUGCGGUCAUCUCUUCUUGAUGGUGACUGUCAGAACUAUGACCUUGACCGCGGCUUCACCAGACAUCCCAUUGAAGACGUACACACCGGUGGCAUCGUCAUCACCCUGGGCAAACCAACCAUAAUCAACACCAUCAGACUCCUCCUUUGGGAUAGAGAUACCAGGUCGUAUUCUUACUUCAUUGAAGCUUCUGUCGAUGAGAAUGAUUGGAUCAAGGUAAUUGAUCAUUCAGCAUUCUUAUGUCGGUCAUGGCAGACCUUGCAUUUUCCUGCUAGGGUUUGUAGAUACAUCCGCAUCAUUGGAGUUCAUAACACCGUCAACAAAGUAUUUCAUCUUGUCUCAUUUGAAGCGUUCCAUACGACUAGGAUAUUUCAACUGGAAUGUGGAUUGAUAGUCCCACAGCAGAAUGUAGCCACAAUCAAAGCCAGUGCCAGUGUUAUUGAAGGGGUCAGUCGCAGUAGAAAUGCUCUACUAAAUGGUGACACCAAAAACUAUGACUGGGACUCUGGGUAUACAUGCCAUCAGCUAGGCAGUGGUUCGAUUGUAGUACAACUCGCACAACCUUAUGUUAUUGGCAGUAUUAGGUUGCUAUUAUGGGACUGUGAUGCAAGAACAUACAGCUACUUUGUAGAUGUAUCUACUGACCAACAAACAUGGACGAGAGUAGCAGAUAAAACAAAGGAUAAUUGCAGAUCUUGGCAGACAUUGUAUUUUCAGCGCAGACCAGUCACCUUCAUCAAGAUCGUUGGAACUAGGAAUACAGCUAAUGAGGUUUUCCACUGUGUGCACUUUGAAUGCCCUGCACAGAACACACAGAGCGGCGAGUCUCACUCAUCAGAUCUUGAUGAUGACAGCUCAUCAUCUGGCCAUGGCCCAACCCUCCGACUUGCCAAUCCCAGUACCUCCUCCAGUAGCACUGUACAUUGUCCAUCAAGGUCAGUCUCUCAGCAGAGCCCUAUGUCACCCUCAUCAACAAGGAGUUCGCCGACAUCGAGUAUGGGUGGACCACCACUCUGAGAGGAUAUUGAUAACCAAACAAAUUGAAACUUGAGUUCUUACAGUUUUGACAAGUUUUCGCUGCAAUAUUUUCUUGCUUUCUCCACCAUUUCAAAGGAUUUGGUAAUGACUGCAUGGUGUUUGAUCACUUGCUUUCCUGCUUCAAUUCUGGUUCAGCUGCCUAGAGUUGGUGAAAAUAAGGAUAUGCAACAGAGAGGGUUGCAAUCAAUCGCGAUUGGCAUCAACCAAUCAAGAUCUUUGUUACAUGUGCAUAUUGUUCAACAAACCCACCGUCAAGCAAUCAGAAUGGUUGUUUCAAAAUAGCAACUGAGCAUAAAUCCCGAGGUUACAGGAUUUGUGUCUGUUCUUAGCUUUGCCUGACAUGGCCACAGCUUUUCUUUGAUUACUAUACAGUACAAAUGGAUAUACAGAAUUAAGGGAUACGUAUUUGCCAUUGGUCAAAAGGACAUGCCAAAGGUCACCAUGUUGUCUCUAGCAGAGGUGCCAAUACUUUCUUUUAGUAUGUGGCUUUGGAAGAAAUUAAAACAUGUUGAAGGACCACAGUAAUAGUGUCAAAGUUAUACUAUGGUUCUGCAAGCUCUAUCAAGUGGAGUUGUCAUGUAAAAAUUACACUGGUUUAGAAUUCAGCCAGUUUGGGGAUGUAGAUUGAGUAUUAAGAUGUGUUGCUUUAGCAGUUAUUUUGAUGAUAUUGUUGUAGCAAACACAGAGCUUCAUGAUGAAGCUGUGUGGAUUCUGAAUCAGUAUUAAAUUGUUCCCUGUCAUUUCAUAGACAUGAAAGGUAUCAAGAAUGAAAGGUAAUGAUAAAUAUAAAAAUUAAUUGAUAUAAGUAGAAGGAGUCUAAUAAUCAUGAUGGUAUGCCACUGUCACCUUUUAACCAUCAAUUCACAGGAAGAAAAAUGAAAAGUCUCUUCUGUGUUUUACCAAUGCUGCAAUGAUUCAUAUUUAAAUAUACAGUACAGAAGAGCAGAAUCUAGCUUGUUGUCCAUUGCUAUUUUCAUAAAGUAGAUUGGCCAUGCAAUGUAAACCACAAAUAAUAUUAUUGAAUCAAAGAUGCAAAACAAGGAACAGAGCAGCUUGUUUAGGAAAUAAGUAGUGUUCUUUCAUCAAAAUCAUUGUCAAAUCAUGAAAUUUGAAUUAUUCAUGGAAGUAACAAUAUUUCUGCUACUAUGUAAGUACAGAUUAAUUAAAGGCAUGUUCAGAUAUGCAUCAAGCUCAGCAGAAUACAGUGGUACAAAUUGCACCACUUAUGCUAAUAAAUGAGAAUUGUUUGCUUCCCAGGUCUUCAGAUUUUUGUGACACAAAUAAUGUUGCUUGAUAUCUCAUUGACUUUCUACACAAAAAUUUUACCAACCUCUGUCGCGCUCCAUCUGAACAAGCCUAAGUAAACUUUUUUUUUUUUUUUGAUGUAUUCUAUUAUCAUGACCAUGGAGUUUGUUCUGACCUCACACUGGGACUGGAGUUAGUCAAAGAUGGUACUAUGGGGAAAGCAAGAUUUAACAUUGCUUUUGUGCAUAGGACUAGUAUAUUGAAGGUUAUUAGAAUUUCUAUUUCAUCUCGUUCAAUUUUCCAUAGCACACAUAAAUGUGUUUUACUAUGGUCAUACGACAUGUAUAAUGACAGAGGAAAAUUCCAUGUUACAUUUAUCUUCGGCAUACAUAGUGUGUGAAAUGUCAUUUCGCAUUUUAGUGCAUCUUUUGUGGCAUCUUAAUUCCAAAUUAGUUCAUUUACAGUCAGAAAGGAUUGACUUAAUAGCAGUAAAUGGUAUUAUGUUUGAUUAUCCAGGUGUUUGAUAUUUUGAUAUUCAGUUAUAAAUUUCUGUCAGUAUUAUCAUGAAAGAAUAAGUUGUUAUUUAGAUGUGGAAAAUACAUGUAGAAAGGAUGUGUAUUCUUUAAUUUUUCUUAUUUUUACCUCUUCUCUUCUCUUCGUCCUGCUUCAUUUACCUCAUUUUUGGGGUGGUUCCUCAUCGUCCUCUCCCUGUUUAACUUCUUCAUCUCUUUUCCCCCCCUUCAUCCUGUCUUUUCUCCUCAUUUAAUCAAACUUUUAUUUUUACAACUAUUACAAAUAAAUCUUUAUAUGAGUUUAUCCAAGAGUAAUUACCUGUCCAUGGAAGUUUAAUAAAUAGAUUGAAGUUGUGUUUCGAUGAAGAAAUUUUGUGUUUACGUUCCUGGAUUUCACUUAAUGUGUAGUGCUUAUCAUAGAAAAUUCAGGUUCUACAGGCCUCAAGCCUGACACAAGAAUUCUAUUGCAUGUAAGGCAGGCAGUUAUAAUGAUUAAUAUUUUAAAUUUGACAUUUUGUUAAAAUGCAGCAUUUUCCAAUUACACUAAGUUUAUAUAAUUUUAACCAAUACUAAUGCUUCUUUGGUAAUUCUACAACACUGAUUUAUCUUCAGCUGGGGAUGAGAGGAAUCUAUGAUCUCAGAGAGCUUUAAGGGUAAUCUCUUCAUCCAAUAUUUUUAGAGCAGAAUAAAUUUGAAUAUUCUGAAAGGUUUUGAUACUGUACAGUGAAAAAAAAAUUCUCAGGCAUUGUUUAUAUAGCUAUUCCUUCUUAUUAAUAUUUCAGCAUUAGCUCAUAAAAUCCAGCCAUAGCGAGUACUAAAAUACUCCUUAUCAUUUAGGUAUUAUCUUUGAAAAGCUCUAGAUUUAAGGAAUUCCACAGUCAAUGCAUAUGGUCAUAUAUUUGCAAAUGAAGUAAAAUCCACCACAAUGAGAUUCCUUUAAGGCAUGAUAUUGUUUUAAAAAGUAACCUGCAAAGACAUAUUGAUGUGUGUAAAUCUCAUGAGCCCCUGGUGCAGUAUAGAAAUAAAUAUAGGAUUAUUUUGAAAUCAUUAUAAAAUGGUGAUUAUUCAUGUAAAUGAACUUACUGGAGGUCACAAUGUGUUUGACAAUAUUUUGUACUUUUUAUAUGUCAUUGUUGACAUCUUUAGACAUAUUUCAGUGAAAAAAGCUGACGUUUCAAUAUUGUAAUAUUGUAAGUCUCCGUUGGCUGAAUUCAUAAUGAUGCAAAAAUUAAUGGCAAUUAAACUUUUCAAAAUGUUUUUUUCUGCAUGAUUGAUGCUUAUAAUGCUGAAGAAGAAGUCCACCCUCACAUAAUGUGAGUUUUUAUACAAACAGAAAAGGGAGAGAAACAUAUUCACAAAGGGUUGAUGAAAAUCCAUCAAUGAAUAAUUCAGUUGUCAAUGUUCAAAUAUUAAGAUAUUUUUUCAUCACAUGGGAGUAGCUAUAGCUCAAUUAAUAGUUUAUAAUAACAGUAAAAUGUUAUCAUAAAAACAUGUUUGUAAUAAUGACUGGGAGUGUCCAGCUUAAACAUAAAUUCCAGUCCAUGGCAAUGAUCGUGUAAUAAAUGACUUUGAAGAGAAUACAACAGAGUGACCACCAAAAUGUUAGUAUAAGGUAAAUGGGAAACAUUUGAAUUUUAUGACAGAGACAAAUAUAUUUACCCUGCUACUUCAGAAAUUUAUUAUUUACUUGUUUUGUUAUGGUUGAUGAUUAGAGUAUGAAUUUCCAGUAAUUAUGCUACAAAUGUAGGAUUAUUGUUUCUUAACAAAUUUUACAUGCUGACAAUUACAUAAUCCCCCAAAUCACUUUAAAAUCUUACAACCUUAAUGUGUCCACUGUCUGCCAAAUCCAUUUAGAAAACAUGAUGUAUUCCAUUCAAACUUAGUUGUUCUGAUUAAUUUAAUUGUUUUACUGAUAUAUGGUGCUAUAGAUGUUGUGUUUCUUAUAUUUUAUAAUAUGUAAUUAUGUUUUAUCAUAACAUCAUGAUUAUUAAUGUAAUUAUGUUAAAACUUCUGCUUAUAUGGUUAACUUUCUUAGAGAGAUGUAAGAAACACAUGUAGUGUGCAUAGAAGCCCUGUGCGGUAUAAAUUGAAAGGUUUGUUCCUUGUUUUGUAACCAAAAAUUAGUACUUUGGAUGUGUUCGUGUGUAAAUUCAGAUUUAUAUUGCUUUGAUAAAAGAUUCUGUUCUCAGAGAGGAAAUGUGAUUUCCUUGUAUAUAUCACUAAAUUAUAUUGUGUGUACAAAUAAAGUCUUUAUCAGCUGUAAAAGUUAUUUACAUGUAGGUUUAAGUUUGAUGAAAUAUCAUAUUUUAGGUGGUGUUUCACUUUUUCAAUGUUGUUUCCAGUAGCUUUAUGUUGUACAAGAAUAUGUGAGUAUGAUUUAUACAAGUAUCCAUAAGUUUAUCAUUCAAAUUUUCAAACUGCAUGAUGUCUUUAAGAUGAUAGAGAAAGCUGCAUGCUGCUUGCUUGUUAAAAAAAAAUGUUUAGGUAUUUACUUUUAUUAUAAAAAAAGUACUUAUGAUUUGUGGUAGAGCGUUGUAUGAGAUAUUAUUGUUUAAAAGUGUUAAACUUUGGUGGAAUGUACAUGUACUAUGACAACAAAAUAUACCAAAUUUAUUAGUAUGAAUAGAUUAGAAUCAGAAGAUCUAGUUAUUUGACUUUCAAGGGGGGGGUGAUAAUUCUAACAAUAAAAUUCUCAACAUGAUUUUAUGGGGGAAAAGGUUGCAUUACAGACCAUAUGUUAAUGUUUUUUAUAGGGACAGUGAUAUUCUAAAUAUGUUUCUGAACAAAGAUUUAACAACCAAUUAUAUCUCCACCUUAGGUUAAUGUGUAACACUAGAUCCAGCUUAAAGUGAACAAAAUAUAUUGAUGGAUCCUUGAAAUGCCAUUUAAAGUGUGUCUAUGCCAUGAGCAUAUGAAGGAUUCUUGAAGGUAUGGUUUGAAUGGCUAUCAUCAGAAAUAAAUUAGUUGCUUCAUUAUCAUUUCACAACACUUUUUCUAUGUAAUUCAUUAAAUAGAUUUUGGAAUAUCAAAUAUGGAUGAUGACAAAAUAUGAAAUUUUGUGGCCGUUAUCUGCUACUUUUCAAGGUAUUGUUUAAAAGAUAAGUGUGAUGUAAAUUCUUCAUUCAUUACUUUCUGAGAUUAUGUUUUGGUAUCUUUUAAUCACCCUGUGUUGGUUGCUGAGCAGUUAUAAUUUCAAAUCUACCAAUUUAUUCUUUAUAUUCUUCCACUCUUAACAGGGCCUCUUCCCACCCAUAAAAUAACAUGAAAGUUUGCAGACAUUGAGUAGAAAGAUACAUGUGUUAAUUAUGUAACACGUUCCUGUGAAUUGGCAAAUAAAAAGACUUGCAACCAGUUUUGAGCAACCAUCCCCAGAUAAUAAUUAAAUGUGUCUUGUUUCACCCAUGCUGAGCAUGUUCCUCUGUAGCAGCAGGUUUCACAAAAGUAUUAUGAUCUAUUCAAAACAUGUAGCAGAAUGUGAAAGUGAUAAUAUGACAUGAUCCAUUACUUACUGGAGAUGCAAAGAAAUUAGAUACUUAUAUUUUUGUAAGAAAACAAACUGCAUGAAAAGAAGUUGUCUUUACUUUACUACCAUGUUUUAUUACAAAUACUUCAGGUGUAUUCAUAAAUGAUAUGUAUGUAUUGGACUGGAAGUUAUCUGGCAAAUAAAAUGUAUGCAGCAUUUGUGCAUGAAAUCUAAAA